CUCAUUUAUCCUAGUGCUAAAGUACCGCGGCGCGCGCGCUCGAGCCCUCACGCCGUCCGUCCCUCUGACACCUGAAACGAGCGCAAAGCUGGACCGCUACAUAAUGACCAUGUACAAACGGAAGCGUCGCAACCGUCGAUACAUAAACAUGGCAGGUGAGCCCAAGCCGUACAGGCCCAAAGCCGGCUCCAAGAGGCCGCUCACCGCCGUAUACAGUGGUUAUGAAUUUGAUUAUGAAUACUACAGGGACGACUUCUACAGCAGGCUUUUUGACUACCAUGGCAGAGUGGCCCCCCCUCCCAGAGCUGUGAUACCCCUCAAACGCUCAAGGGUGCUGGCUCCCUCCUCCCGCCGUGGAAAGACCUCCUUCCCCAUCAAAACAUCCUCUUCCUCCUCCUCUUCAUCCUCCAGACCUCCCACAUCCUCAUCCUCCGGGGUCAAACCAGUGAAGACAGACCAGCUUCAGACUAUCAAGCGGGAGCUCACUCAGAUCAAGAUGAAGAUUGACUCUUUGCUGGGCCGCCUGGAGAAGAUUGAGAAGCAGCAGAGAGCCGAAUCAGAGGCUCAAAGAAAGUACGAGGACAACUGCGACUCCUUGCAUGAGGAGUCGGUGUCAGAGGCGGCGGACAACUCUGGGGAGGAGGCGGGCGAGGGGGCGCUGGACGUGGAGGCGGGAGAGAUGACCGAUGGCGGCGAGGACGAAUACGAUGAGGAGAGCAGCCACCAUCUGAUAGAAAACCACGUAUCGGAUAUUGACAACUGAGAUCAGGGUGGGGAAGCAGACUCUCCUGGCCAGUGGGAUUAGAAUUCAUCAUCACCUUCGAG